ACACUCAUUCCUCUCCUGCUGACACCAUGAAGCUUCUGGUCCUCGUCUGUGCCCUCUUAGCUGCUGACGCAGCCAAGUUGCAGGGCUACAAUAUACCACGUCCUGGUUCAGCUGGAGUACCCCUUCCCUUAUCAUCUGGCCCACAACCAUCUGUACUGACUGCUUCUGCAGGUUCUCAUCAGCAUGGCCUUCUGACCUCUGGAGGACAAGUCCAUGGGCACUCUGGACCCUCCUUUGGUGGCUCAGGACAGAUAUCAUCUGGAGGACAAGUCCAUGGGCACUCUGGACCCUCCUUUGGCUGGCUCAGGACAGAUAUCUUCUGGAGGACAAGUCCAUGGUCACUCUGAAUCAUCCUUUGGUGGCCCAGGAGAGAUAUCCUUUGGAGGACAAGUCCAUGGUCACUCUGGACCCUCCUUUUCUGGCUCAGGACAGAUAUCUUCUGGAGGACAAGCCCAUGGUCACUCUGAAUCCUCCUUUGGUGGCCCAGGAGAGAUAUCCUUUGGAGGACAAGUCCAUGGUCACUCUGGACCCUCCUUUGAUGGUCCAGGGCAGCAAAUAUCACUCGGAUCUGGAAGUGUCUCUCCAUCAGGGUUAUCUGGAGGCUUUUCGACUCACACUAGCAUCGAUGUCUUCCAUGAAAGCUGCCCAGAGGGACAAGUUCGCCAUUUCGAUGGAACAUGCAUAACUCCCGAAAUAACACGAAAAGUAUUUGUUUUUGGUGCUCCUGCACAAGAACCCAGAGCCCCACUGCCUCCAGUAAAUAUCCCUGUACCCAAAGUAGAGCACAACAUUGUCUUCAUCCGUACCCCAGAGGGACUUGAAGGACCAGACCCCAUCAUUAUUCCACCACCCCAGAAGAAGAACAUCAUCUAUGUACUCAACAAAGAAUCUGCACCAGAAGGACCUAAAGUCAUUGAAGUACCAGCACCUGAGACCAAGAACCCAGAAGUUUACUUCGUAAACUAUGCCGAUGGAGAGACCCCAACUCUUCCCGAUGGAAUUGACUUCGAAACUGCCCUGAACUCUGCUAUCCACUCAGAAGGUCAGGUCAUUGGUGGCGGCGCUAGUGCGGCUACAUUUGGCGGAUCAGCCUCUGGAGUAGGCAUCGGGGCAGUUGGUCCAAGCAGCGGUGGUUUCGGUCUUGUUGCUGAUGACAGUGGCGAACUUCAUCUUUCAGGCCAAGGAGGAGGAGCGGCAUUUGGAGGAGGAGCUGCAUUUGGAGGAGCAGCUUCACUUGGAGGAGGAGCAGCUUCACUUGGAGGAGGUGCAGCUUCAUUUGGAGGAGGAUCUUCAUUUGGCGGAUCAUUAUCUGGAGCAGGCAUUGGGGCAGUUGGCCCAAGCAGUGGUGGCUUUGGACUUGUCACUGAAUCUGAUGACAGCAACGAAGUUCAUCUUUCAGGCCAAGGAGUAGCAGGUACAUUUGGAGGACCAGCUUCAUUUGGAGGAGGAGCUUCAUUUGGAGGAGGAGCUUCAUUUGGAGGAGCACCUUCAUUUGGUGGAGCACCUUCAUUUGGAGUGAGCUCUGGCGCUCCACACAACUUUGUAAAAAACGACCGUUUCGCAGGCGGAUUUAGUAAUGCCGCUGCUGGUCCUUCAGCAGCUGCAUUCCAGGCUCCAGCGAGCAACUUCGGUGGCGCUCCUCAGCGCCACUAUUCUGCUCCUUAAACUAUUUCGACUCCUGAACCCAUAGGAACCAUCCGAAUCGAUAUCUAUUUCUUUAAUCAUUUAAUUAACUAGUCAAAUGUUCAUGAAUCUUAAAUAAAGUAUUCAUUAAAUAUA